AUGAAUGCUUUCAGAAACAUGAAGUUAACAGCUUCUUCGAUAAGCAAGUUGAGACAUAUAAGAUACCUAAACCUCUCACAUUGCGAACUCGGUAAUGUCAUAAAUGAUCUCAGUAGUCUAUACAAUUUACAGACGCUAGUAUUAUGUGGUAGUAAGUUUCAAGAGCUUCCUAGAAAUAUUGGGUCUUUGAAAAAUAUGAGGCAUCUUAAUAUAUCUUGUACGAUGAUAACAGCAUUACCUGAUUCUAUCAUUAGCCUCUGUAACUUAAAGACUCUGGACCUCUCUCAGUGCACUGAAUUUCAAGCGUUCCCUAGAGGUAUUGAAGCGUGGGAAUAUAUUAGGUGCAUUGACGUCUCAGGUACGAAGGUCAAAGAGUUACCUGACUGUAUUUCAUGUUACAAAUAUUUAUCAAAGCUGAAGUUCACUUUGUCCAAGAACUUAGAAGCAUUACCUAGAGAUAUUGGGAAAUCGGAACUUGUCAGUACUAAGGAGUUGUCGAGCUUAUCUUUGUUCUACAAGGUUUACUUCAAAAUGGUAAUCCUCUUGAAGCUUGAAGAAUUGAAAGCUGCACAAAUUUUCAAGGUUUUAUGCAAGCUCAACUCUAUAGAAGCAAAGGAGUUUGUUGCUUUCCCAGGUCCAGCUCCGACAUUUCUGUCAGAUUUUCUGUCAGCUCCGACAAGUUCAACGUGA